CUACGACUGAUUCUCGUACGUCCUCUUCUGUCAUCUUCCCCCACGCGAGUCCUCUCUCUGCCUCGGAACUGAAAGCUCACCGCGACAGACGUCGAAACAGGCAGAGCGAGAAAGAGACGGAAAUGGAAAGCAGCAGCCACGAAGAAGAUAGUGAAGGAAAAGUAGAAUUCGAAGCCUCGGAGGUAGAAUAUACCAGCUAUGGCGGCGAGCAUCACCUGCCGUUGAUCAUGGGUUUAGUCGACCAAGAACUCAGCGAACCCUACUCUAUCUUCACCUAUCGUUACUUCGUUUAUCUCUGGCCUCAACUCUCCUUCCUUGCGUUUCACAGAGGUAGAUGCGUGGGCACGGUCGUCUGCAAGAUGGGGGAGCAUCGAAACACUUUCAGAGGCUACAUUGCUAUGUUGGUUGUCAUCAAGCCUUAUCGAGGCAAAGGCAUUGCUACAGAACUUGUUACCAGAUCGAUUAGAGUGAUGAUGGAAUCUGGCUGCGAAGAGGUUACACUGGAAGCAGAAGUCACAAACAAAGGAGCACUUGCACUUUAUGGCCGACUAGGAUUUAUUAGAGCUAAAAGACUCUUCCGUUACUAUCUGAAUGGUGUUGAUGCCUUUCGUUUGAAGUUGUUAUUUCCCCGUCCGGAGUUGCACCCAUCUCUGCUGAUGAUGGCAAAUGAGGAAAGUCACCAGCUUGAUGAUCACAUGCCACCUGGGGAAUUUCCACAGCUUCACCAAGGGUUAUAAUUCUGAUUAGCAGUUAUGGAUGAAUUGUUUUAUCCACCAUAAACCUUGUUGUUUGUAAGAAAUUCUAAAAGUAAUUGUAAUUUAAAAGCAGGGUCCUUGCAGAUAUAUGAAAUUCUUUCAAUUUCAUGAAAUCGCCUACUACACACAUCUGA